GACGACGAAUAUCGACUUUGCCAUUUCCGCUAUUGGCAUGGCAACCCCUUCAAAUAUUGUCACAAUUUGUGUAUUUGGCUUGUGUCAUUCAUACCGUGAUUGAAGUUAUAAUUACAAUCAACCUAUAUCCCACCUUUUUCUUUCAUUAAAGUCUCUCUUAUCAGUGGUAUACCUGACGACGGAGUUGAUCAUCCUCUGUUUAGAUCUGGGUAUUUGUUUUUGGCGUUUGGUGGAUGAGGAUAUAUUUCUCUGCCUGACUACAAUCGAUGCGGGUAAUACGAACUAUGUCAGUCAUAUGUAAUUGGAAAAUAUUCACAAUCUGGAACUCUGUAAGAAACAUGUUUGCCGUUAGAAUUAAUUAAAACUUGAUUGAUGAUUAAAUGGAUUCGGACUUAAAAAUCAUGAUGUUGAUUAAUGAAUCAGAAGGUAAUGCUUUUAAUCACGACACAACUGUGGAUGAUGAGACAGAAGAAAUGCAAGAUGGGUUCGGUAAUACCAUUGCCAAUCUAACCUACUACAUGGCGAUAGUGGUAUUUGGAUGUCCAGGAAAUGCCGUCAUCGUCCAAGCUUAUGCGUGGAAGAAACGGAAGACGAGCACGGAUAUCUUUAUCAUGGCCCAAGGGAUGGUCGACUUCAUCGCUUGUGUUUUUACCCCAACAACCCUCAUUCGCAGUACGUUCCGCAGUCUGAUAACUGUGAAUGUGUGCCGUUUCGCAAGUCUUGUUGGAAAUGCAACGGCCUUGGCGUCCCUGUUAAUGACCGCAGUCAUCAGCAUCGAUCGUUAUACCGCUGUAUGUCGUCCAUUCCGACGACGAGUGACGACGACAUGGGUCUCCAUAUCCGUCGCCAUAGCUUGUGUGGUCAUCUCCAUCGCGAUCACCAUUCCAACAGACAUAUCUAUGGAUGUCGGGUACGUUAAUGAAACUAGGGUGAAGUUCUGCUACUUGCGACGUUCUGGAUUGACGCGUGUUGCCUCAUUUGUGGGCAUUCUGCUGUUCGGCGCCUCAUUUCUGACAAACACUGUCUCCUAUUUUAAGAUCUACCAUUUUCUUCGGAAGAGAGCGAAGAUCCAUGCCGACUUGGUGAGCAAAGAGAUUCGAGUAGCAACCAUCAGCCGAAACCCAGAGAGCAGUUGUUCGUCCGAUAGUAGUUCAAAACCAAAUACUCGACAUUCGCCCGCUGUGGCUAUCGAGAGUGACGACAUGCACAGCAAUCACGACAAUGCAAGUAGUGUUGUAGCCUACAAAAAGAAUGGCUCUACAGUUCAGUCACACUCUGCAGGACCUUCAAAUCCCAUCACCCUGCGAAUGUCCCCGACAAGAGAAAAACCUUCGAAUAUAGAAUCAGCCGUAACAAACAUGCCGCAGAGCUACAGAAAAACUCUUUCAAUGCAUUCAAACCUGACUGGGUCAGGGAAUCGUCCACGCCACGUUCCUGUUCCCGAGAGCCUUUAUCCAAGUGAACCGAAACUGUUCAGGAAGAAAGAGGAGCACGAUUAUGGCAGAAGGACAACUCGCAUGCUCCUCAUCGUAACCAUAUAUUUAUUUGCCACAUGGACACCACUAAUGGUCAUUGGAAGCCUUAGGCCUUCUAUUCUUUUGGGAAUUGACCCGCGCCUUUUCACUUUUGUACAAAUUUUAUCUUCUCUGAGACUCACCAACCACGUUGUCAACUUCUUCGUGUACUACUUGGUCAGCAAGAGCUUCAGGAAAGACGUGAGGCAGUCUUUCAAACGGUACCGAUGCAGGGGAGCUAACUAAUGGCACGAGCUUAACUAUAAUACU